CGACAACAUUUUCCUAUAUUCAAUUACUUCGAUCCGAAACCAUGGAUGAAGAGGACGAUUAUUUUUACGAUCCCGCUGAUGCGGUUCCCAUCGCUCAAACCCCCAAUGAUACCCAAAAGCCUCCGGCAAACGCACAGUCUCACGAGACGAACGAGGAAGAGGAGGAGGUCGAGAUUGAAGAUGAUGAUGAUGACUUUAAUAUCAUCACGGAGGCCCCUCCCGAGUCCAUAUCUCCAGAAGCCCAACAUCCUCGCCAUGCGUCAUUACGAAGUGAAAUACAGCGACCCAAGUCUACGGACACGAUUGUAUCGAAGUCAGUCACGCCUUCUGCAACGCCGAGAGCCGAUACAUCCCCAACACCCGUUACCGUUCCCGCAAGUGUAAAGCCAACCGUGCCACAAAAGCCUGGUUCUGCGUACCCUGCUGUUCAUGCAUCGACAAUUGAUGUGAAUGAAAACGCUGUUCAUCCAGCGACAGGCAAGCCAAUCCUGUCUACUGACAUGGACACCGAUUUCCCCACAGACGAUAAGCCAUGGAGGCGGCCAGGGUCAGACAUUACUGACUACUUCAACUACGGAUUUGAUGAAUUCACAUGGGCCAGCUACUGUCUCAAGCAGCAGGAACUGCGGAAGGAGGUUGGAGACCAGAAGAAACAACUGGAAGAAAUGCAGGCUUUCCUAUCGAUGGGCCUUCCGCCGAUACCAGGUGCGCCGCAACCAGGUGCUGGACCGCCUCCAGGCAGCGCUCCACCAGGAAUGCCUGGUAUACCGGGCAUGCCAGGCAUGCCAGAGAUGUCUCCUGAGAUAAUGCAAGGGAUGCUGGCGGGAAUGAUGGCACAAGGGUUAGAUCCUUCUUCCAUGGAUCCCAUGUCCUUCAUGCAACAUGCGCAGGCCGUGAUGGGUGGCCAAUCCGGCGCGAGCGGCGGACAGCAAGGCCAACCGGGCUUUGGAGGUCAACCACAGGGACAGGGACAGGGAUUUGGGGGACAGGGUGGUGGUCAGCCCCAGAUGGGAUUCGGGGGGUUUGACCAGCGUGGAGGAUUUGGAGCUGGGCGAGGGAGGGGUGGUAGGAGAUGGUAGAAGCGAUCACGCAGCAUAUGGAGGUUUAUGUUGUAAUAUUUUUAAUCACAUAGCUAGCGAUGACAGCUCGGAUACGGCGGUGUUUCUUGAAAUAAAAGCUGUUUCUCUUAUUCCAGAGUCUUUACCGGAAAAAAGGAGGUCUGUUCAGUGUACUCCGUAGGAUGCCGUCUA